AUGAGAGGGGCAGAGGACAGAUCAGACACAGACAAACUGAUCAGCAGAAGAGAUGACACCUCACUGCAAGACACAGUGACUAUCACUGCAGCUGCAAAAGAAGCAGGAGAAGAAGAAGAUGUGACAAUGAGAGCAGUGCUUCUGUGGCUCAUUGACACCAUCAUCUCCACCUUCAAUCUGGCUUUCUUGGUGACCACAGAGGCCGUCGCCGCAUCACAAAGACAUUUGUUACUCACUAGAAAAUGUCAGAAUAAGCCCUUGAUUGUUCUUCAAGAAUGA